CUUAUAGAGAAGAGAAAUGGGUUCAUAUGCUAACGUAUUAACAGGUUGGAGAUUCUUUGCCUGUGCUUGUUGCCUUAACUUAUACAAAGAUUCUUGCUUCAAAAAAGAUUCAAGCUGUUGUUGUGUAUAUAUCCAACGUCACAGUGCUAAAGACGUUUGUGUUCAGAGAGAAGUUUCCAUUGAAAGAAGAGAUAGACUGAGUAUUAAAAUAACUCAAAAAAUGGGUGUCAUUAUUGUGAUUGCAAAACGUUUUGAUGCUCUCAUUGGGCCUGGAGUCAUGCUUCUCUAUCCUCUGUAUGCAUCGUUUCGAGCAAUAGAGAGUCCAACAAUGUUAGAUGAUCAACAAUGGCUAACAUAUUGGAUCAUUUACUCCUUAAUAACAAUAUUCGAGCUAUCAGUUUGGAGGAUCCUUGCCUGGCUACCAUUUUGGCCAUACUUGAAGCUUUUGUUCUGUAUGUGGUUGGUGCUACCAAUGUUUAGUGGUGCAGCCUACAUUUACUCCAAUUUCGUUAGACAAUACGUCAAGAUUGGGAUGAAUGUUGGGGGAGGAGCUAAUUAUACAGAUGAACAGAGAAGAGUAUUACAGAUGAUGAGUCUUGAUGCUAGAAAAUCGGUUCAAGAUUAUGUUGACCGGUUCGGAUGGGAUUCUGUUGAGAAAGCAAUUAAAGCGGCUGAAAAGGAAACAAGAAGGCAUUGAGAUGGAUCGGAGGAUCAAGAAUCACGAAAAUAUUACUAUUUGGUUUGUAUGUGUGUAGAUUGUAUAGAGCAAAACUUUUAUAAAAGGUAAAAAAAAAAAAAGAAAAAAAGAUGUUUAAAUUUGUGUUCUUCUUUAGAGAAGCAACGUUCUCUAUCGUAAGUAAAAAAGAAAUC